CUCCCUCUCCUCCAUCUCUUCCCUGUGGGAAGAUCUGACUCUGAGAGCAGACAGUCUGCAGCCCUGAAUAAAUGUAUAAGAGGGAGAAGGGGAAGGGAGGGUGCAUUAGCAGGCAGAGGGAGCGCAGGGGCGGGAGAGUGUUGGAGGAUACAUACAUGCCGAGUGUACAGAGAAGAGCCAGAUACACAUUAGAUAGAGAGGAGGGAAGCAGUUCAGCUUGUAUAGGACCAAGAACGGAGCGAUUCAGCUUCCUUCAGCUGUCUCUCCCUCUCUGCACAAACACAUGCUCAUACACACUCCCAGUUUUUCCCCCUGACACACACACAUACACACACGCGCACAGGAACAAUUGCUUUAGGGUAUACCAGUCGGCUCUGGCAGUCCUCUCCUUUGUUGUUUUUGCUAUUGGUUGGUCUCAGCGGCAGCACGGCGUGCGCCUCUAUCACCGGGUGGGUGAAUGUGUGUGUGGAGUCUGGAAGGCAGUGUGUGAAGGAUGCCACUGGCUGUACCCGGAAAAUGAGUUUGGAGGAGACGUGGUGAGCCGUUCAUCUAUAGCUGAACGUCAGAGCAUCACGGUGGCAGAAGGAGUCGGGACCAAAGAGCUGUCUGAAGUCCAAAACAUUUCAGAUGGAGGUGGAUGCAGACGAUAAGCGCCAUCGCACACGCUCCAAAGUGCCUGUGGAUCCAGCAUUAACAGAACUUUUCAGUGUGUACGGCUGCCCUGUGGCCAAGAAGAGGAAGGGUCUAGACAGGCAAACUCUGGAAACCUCUCCGAAGAGGAGCACCUACCUGGAUGACAUGGACAACUCCACCAUGGAGGAGUGCUACGAGACAGACGGGACAGAGGAGAUGGACGACAGGGAAGAGGAAGACGACGAGGGGGCCGUGGAGGAGGAGGGAGAAGUUGAAGAGGAAGACGUCGAGGGUUACAUGGACUAUAAUGUCGAACAAAUGGAGCAUGAAGACGGGGAGGACGAGGACAGAGGAGAGGGAGAGGAAGAAGAGGAGGUAGAGGUGGAGCAAGACGAAGAGGAGGAAAGCGAUGAAGUGAGGGUGGAGGAGGCAGAAGAGGAGGAUGAGGAAGCUAUAGAGGAAGUGGACUAUGAAGAAGGAGAGGAGGAAGACGGAGAGCAGAAUCAGCAACAAGAGGAAGAUCAGAUGAGCACUGGUGAGGGGGACGAAGACAAUGGUGGAGGCGGCGGUGUCGGAAAAUCCGGUCCUGCGACAGAGAAGGAUGACAACAACAACGAUGAGUAUGAAAACUAUGACGAGCUCGUGGCCAAGUCCCUCCUUAACUUGGGGAAGAUCGCAGAAGACGCCGCCAAUCGCGCCAUGACAGAGUCUGAGAUGAACAGCAACUCGUCCCACAGUGCUGAAGAUGAUGAGGAGGAGGAAGAGGAGGAAGAAGACGACGAGGAAGAGGAGGAGGAGGAUGAAGAGGAAGAUGACGAAGAGGAGGAAGAGGAUGAGGAAGAAGAGGAGGAGGAAGGGGAUGAAACACAACGAGAAGAUCUGAGUUUGGACGUUGACAGCGAUGUGGUUCGAGAAACGGUGGACUCUCUCAAACUGCUGGCACAGGGUCAUGGUGCGGUUCUGUCCGACAGCUUAGACGGACAGGAGUUUGAGAACAGAACGUCCGGCAUCGGGGAUGAUACUGACUGUACUCACAACGGUGGAAACGCACACAACGGAGGUCAAAUUAGGACCUCCAGUAACGGACAAAUAGAAAACAGUGAUGAGGAAGUGUGUUUAAGCAGUCUGGAGUGCCUAAGGAACCAGUGCUUCGACUUGGCUCGAAAACUUAGUGAAACAAAGCCCAACGAACGAAAUGGCCCAACUCAGCAAAAUCACUAUUCGUGCGGGGACCCCAAUCAGCAACCCCAGCAUCACGGCUAUGGAGAUUACCACAGCAGCCAAGACGACAGACGGACUCUUGAUAGGAACUAUUCUGACAUGGACAAUCUCAUGAAGCUUGAGGAGCAGCUGAGCCCACGCUCCAAGGCCUUCUCUAGCUGUGCACACGAUGAGCGAUAUCACACCAACAGCCACCGGGACUUUGACGAGGACACGGCCUCGGUGACGUCGGACCGAUCGGAGGAAGUGUUUGACAUGACAAAGGGGAAUCUGUCCCUGCUAGAGAAAGCUAUUGCACUAGAGUCGGAGCGUGCCAAAGCAAUGCGGGAUAAAAUGGCUGCUGACGCAGCCAGAAGAGACGGGGUGAGGUACACCCAUGAAGAGCACGGCCCACGUCACGGCUACAGCGUUGAGCGCAAAGCGCGGCUUCCUGAUGGCAUGAAGAAGCCUUUCUUCCAUAAAGAUGUUUCCCGCGCAGACAAGAAGGAGAGCCGAUGUCCGACGCCGGGCUGUGACGGAACGGGUCACGUGACGGGCCUGUACCCCCACCACCGCAGCCUGUCGGGCUGUCCGCACAAAGACAGAGUGCCGCCAGAAAUUGUGGCAAUGUAUGAGAAUGUUCUUAAGUGUCCUACGCCUGGCUGCACGGGACGCGGCCAUGUCAAUAGCAACAGAAACUCUCAUAGAAGUCUAUCUGGAUGCCCGAUUGCUGCUGCUGAAAAGUUGGCAAAAGCCCAAGAGAAGCAUCAGAGCUGCAAUGGCCCAAAGUCCAACCAAGCCUCUGACAGAGUCUUAAGGCCUAUGUGCUUUGUCAAACAACUGGACUAUCCACAGUAUGGUUACAAGAACAAUGUCUCCACCAGCACGCCCCGCUCCAACCUGGCCAAGGAACUGGAGAAGUACUCCAAGACCAGCUUCGACUACAGCGCUUUUGAUGGCAGCAACAACCACCAAGUGUAUGGAAAGCGGGCCAUUGCACCCAAAGUUCACGGGCACAGGGACACAUCCCCCAAAGGAUAUGAUGCCAAACGAUACUGCAAGAACUCCAGCUCAGCCAGCAGCACCACCAGCACCUACGCCCCCAGCAGCAGCAACAGCAGCCUGAGCUGUGGGGGUGGUGGAAGGGGCGCGGGAGGAGGCGGAGGUGGAGGGGGCAGCAGCGCCAGCAGCACGUGCAGCAAGAGCAGCUUCGACUACAGCCAUGACAUGGAAGCUGCCCACAUGGCGGCGACCGCAAUCCUCAACCUUUCCACGCGCUGCCGGGAGAUGCCCCACGGCAUGGGCGGAAAACCCCAGGACUUAUGUUCACAGAGCCCCAGUCUAGAUGUUGAUGAGAACGGUACGUUGGACCUGAGUAUGAGCAAGAGUCUGUGCGGCGGCGGCGCAGGGGACUCGGUACUCACCCCGCUAGAGCCCAUGUCCCCCCAGAGGCAAGCGGCCCUGCUGGGCUCCCGCUGUUACGGCAUGGGUGAUGCUGCAGACUGCUGGGACCUUCCUGUAGACUACACCAAGAUCAAACACAUAGACGAGGAUGAGAAAGAGCCUGAUGAUCUGGAUCCCUUCCACGAUCUGCUGGAGGAUCGAUCCUACACCACAGAUGUUAACAUGCCAAGCCCCAAGCCCAAGUACGUCCAGUGCAAGGAGAGUAAGAAGGACCUGAUAACAUGUCCCACACCGGGGUGUGAUGGAAGUGGUCACUUGACGAGCAAUUUCACCUCACAUCGAAGUCUCUCAGGUUGUCCUUUGGCUGAUAAAAGCAUUCGAAGCAUGCUAGCCAACAAUGCACAAGAACUCAAGUGUCCGACACCAGGGUGUGAUGGUUCGGGACAUAUCACUGGUAACUACGCUUCCCACAGAAGUCUUUCAGGGUGUCCGCGGGCCAGGAAAAGUGGGAUAAAGAUCAUCCACAGUAAAGAGAAUAAGGAGGACCAGGAGCCCAUCAGGUGUCCGGUCCCAGGUUGUGACGGUCAGGGACACGUGACGGGGAAAUAUGCAUCCCACAGAAGUGCUUCAGGUUGCCCCAUCGCAGCCAAGAGACAAAAAGAUGGCUACCUGAACGGGAUCCAGUUCACAUGGAAGUCUGGAAAAACGGAGGGCAUGUCCUGCCCGACACCAGGCUGCGACGGCUCGGGACACGUCAGCGGCAGCUUCCUGACACACAGGAGUCUGUCGGGUUGUCCACGCGCCACCUCCGCCAUGAGGAAAGCCAGGCUCUCGGGAGUGGAAAUGCUAACAAUAAAGCACCAACGUGCCAGCAACGGGCUGGAUCAUGACGAAGAGAUCAAGCAGCUGGACGAUGAAAUCAAAGAUUUAAGUGAAUCGAAUUCACAAGUGGAGGCUGACAUGAUCAAACUCAGAACACAGAUCACAACAAUGGAGACCAACUUGAAGUGCAUAGAGGAGGAAAACAAGGUGAUUGAACAGCAAAAUGAAUCUCUGCUGCAUGAGCUGGCCAACCUCAGCCACUCACUGAUUAACAGUUUAGCUAAUGUCCAGCUCCCUCAUAUGAAACCCCUGACAGAAAAAGAGCUUCCUCUGAGGAAUAACAGCUGCUUACAGAUGCACCAGCAAGAGUCAUUAAGUGAGCAGAACUUUGACGCCUACGUCACCACUCUCACGGAUAUCUACACAAACCAAGACCAGUACCAGAGUGCGGAAAAUAAAGCUUUGCUGGAAAACAUCAAGCAAGCAGUUCAAGGGAUUCAAGUGUAACGUCUCAGCAAAGGGACACGUUGGUUCUCCGCAACAGAAAGAGAGACAGGCAGUGACGGUUUGACCUCCUCGGUUCAGUGCAGUAAUUUGAUAUAGUGUUAUAUAUAUUCUGAAUUCUGUUCUUUGGAGAAAAAAAGAAAAAGAAAAAAAAACAAAACAGAGGUAUUACGCUUAAAAAGACCUCGAGAUAAUUUCUUUUUUCUCUCUCUUUUUUUUGUUUUUUUUUUGUUUUUGAGUCUUGCUUUUGAGGAAGAGCAUAAAGGAGUAAAUCGCAAAAUAGUUUUUGAGGACAUUUACAUUUUGUACGUUUUCAUAUGAGCUGACAUAGUGUCAUGUAAUGUUUCUAGCUGCUCAUGUAUGCACAUUUUUAGUGUAUAUUUCUGAACAGUAAGCUAACGAAAACAGAGGUUCUUUUUAUUGCUCGAGAAAACAAAGCAUUUCAGACUAAAAAAAAAAAAAAAAAGA